GGCACAAGCGCACACCAAAAAUGUUGAUCAGAAAGCUCUGGAAGCUCCUUACUGAAACAUUAAAAGCGGACUCCACUGCUGUUUGGGGCCUGCCUUCGGUAUUAAGCCUUAAUUUGUUUUGGCAGAAGAAAACUUGGACUCAAAGUCAAUCCAACUUCCUCAUUACAGUUCACAGGAAUUUACUGUCUCCAAGGCAGCCUGGUGUCAUCUCAGCCAAUCCGGGAGCUGGAGCCAGUUAAUGACACGUCCAAGCGAGCAGAGGAAAGUGAAACUGAACUUCUGACUAGAGAAUCAUGGAUGCAAGCGCUCUCUUAGGAAACCUGAGCAAGGAAGCUUCCUGCUCCAUCUGCCUGGAGUAUUUCAAAGAGCCGGUGUCUGUACAUUGUGGGCACAACUUCUGCCAGGCCUGCAUCACUCAGUGCUGGUGGGGGCAGGAGACUGGCGUGUCCUGCCCCCAGUGUGGGGAAAGCAGUCACCAGAAGAGCUUCAGAGAGAACCAGCACCUGGCGAGAAUCGUAGAAAUCGUCAAAUGCUUGAAUCUGGAAGCUGCCAAAGCUCUGGAAGAGGGGAAAGUGUGUGAGAAGCACUUGGAACACCUCAAGGUCUUCUGCAAAGACGACAAGAUACCCAUUUGCUUGGUGUGCACUAUUUCCGACGAGCAUCAACAUCACGCUGUCGUUCCGAUAGAAGAAGCUGUUCAGGAUUACAAGGAAUACUUUCAGAUGCAACUGAAGAUCUGGAAGCAAAAGACCGAGGAACUCCAGGCCCUGAAAUUAGCUGAAGCGAGAAGACGCUUGAGACGUCUGGAAAGGUUAGACUCCGAAGGGAAGAAGAUUGUGUCUGAAUUUGAGCAGCUCUAUCAGUUUCUAGAGGAUCAAGAAGAAUUCCUGCUGGCCAGGCUAGAACAGCUGCAGAAGGAAGUGAUAAUGGAGGAGAAGACCACCACAUCAGAGAUCUCCAACCUUCGUGACCUCGUCUGCGAUGUGGAAGAGAGAUGUAAGCAGCCUGUGAGUGAAUUCCUCCAGGGUCUCAAAAACACCUUGAGCAGAUGCGAGGAUCAGAAGACCCAGAAACCAGUGGGUUGCUCUCAUCUGGAGAAGAGGCUGGAUGCAUUUUCCGAAAAAAGGAUGCAUCUGGAAGAGAUCUUAAAUAAAUUCAAAGCUGCUGUGUCAGUUGAACUGGAGAGCAUAUCUUUGUCGAAAGAGGAACUAGGAGUCCGGAAAGGCAGGACAAGAUUAUUUGAGUUGCCUUAUGCCGAAGUGAAAAAAAGAGGCACAAGAGUGAACGUGACGCUGGAUGGAGACACCGCAAACCCCUUCCUCGUCCUCUCUGCGGAUCAGAAGAGUGUGAGACUUGGAGAUGCAUGGCAGGAUGUAGCUGACAACCCCGAGAGAUUUGAUCCUUACCCCUGUGUGCUGGGCUGCGAGGGACUCACGUCGGGGAGGCAUUAUUGGGAAGUCGAAGUGGCCAGUGGGAAGCACUGGGCCGUGGGCUUUGCAAAAGAAUCUGUUAAAAGGAAAGGGCAGAUCACCCCUAGCCCUGAGGAGCAGAUAUGGGCUCUACAACAAAGUGGGGAUCUCCUUGAAGCUCUAACCUAUCCUCCGACUAUCUUGCCAUCGGGCAACUGCCCCAGGAGAGUCUGGGUAUUUCUGGACUAUGAAGAGGAACGAGUGGCGUUUUUUGAUGCCGAUACAUCAGUGUUAAUCUACGUUUUCUCACCAGCGAUGUUUAGUCAGGAGAGAAUCUUCCCUUGGCUCUGGGUCUGGCCUGGAACCGAGCUGAGGAUUUAGCAGCAAGUUUUGAUGUUGGUGUAUCGGGCUAACUGCAACGAGGCUGAGUAACACACAUGCAAAAAAUCACUUGUCUAGGUUUGGGUAGCUGUCUUCUCUACGGCACAGGAAGAGUGGCUUUACAGGCCAUGUCCCACUUGCAAGGCAAGGAUCCUGUUGUGAAACAAAUCCCAAAUUUCCUUCAGCAAAAACCCACAUUUUGUGCCAAUAAAAAACAAAACACUAGCAAAUUGUAUUGUGCUUAUUAGUUCUAAAUUACAGAAACUUUGUGCUGAUUUCAGCUCUUUUAAACCCAGCCAAUGUUAAAAGAAUAC